UUUAUUGUGUUGGACUAUAAUAAUCGUUUGACAGGACCCGAGUAUCUCCUCUAUAUAAAUCUUGAAGCUCUUGUUUUGUUCUUCCAAGUUCUUCACCUCACUUUCAAUGGCAAAUCUCAGUCUUCACUCCUUGUUUCUAGUUGUCUUGUCAUUCCAUUUCAUGAGUUCUAACACUGCAGAGUCUUCUCUUGUGACAACCUCCUCAUACAACGGUGCCACAAAUUUCAUCAGAAUUUCAUGCAGAGCAACUCUGUACCCUGCCUUAUGCUACCAGUCCCUCUCAAUUUACGCGGCCAAAAUCCAACAAAACGAACGCCAGCUCGCGAAAGCUGCACUAUCAGUAAGCCUGGCAAAGGCCAGAUUCACCACAAUGUUCGUGUCAAAACUGACAAAAGUGUCAGGAAUAAGAACCAGGGAAUUUCUGGCCGUGCAGGAUUGUAUCGAUAACUUGGGCGACACAGUUGAUCAGCUUUCGAGGUCUCUGGAGGAGCUGAACCACAUGAACCGGGUUCAUGGGGGUCAGGACUUCAUGUGGCACAUGAGCAAUGUGCAGACAUGGGUGAGUGCUGCUCUGACUAAUGAGAACACUUGUAGCGAUGGCUUUUCGGGGAAUUUCAUGGCAGGAAAUGUCAAGGCUGUUGUCAAGAGAAGGAUUGUUACAGUUGCUCAAGUUACUAGUAAUGCACUUGCACUUGUUAACAGGUUUGCUGAGAGGCAUCAGGCUGCAGCUCCAAACAUGCCUUAGUUUAUUUUGGUAACUUUUAGUUGUAUGUGUGUGCUUAAGUUCAGUUUUGUAAGUGGUUUGAGCCAGUAAAAUGGUUUGGACUCUGCUCUGAAGUCUUUGCUUUAGCAGUGUGUAUGUACAGUAUCAUUUUAUGUUUACUUGUCUUACGUGA